AAUUCCUCAUUUGCUGUUUUGUUCCUGUGUAUCACCCUCUGUAUCCUGUUGUUUGUUUCUGCUGGUUUGCCAAAUCAACUCACCUACCAGUUCAUCUAUUCAUCUGCCUAGACAAGUCUCCAUGUGUCAUGAAUAUUCAGCAGCUGUCACAGUGAGGGUGGAGAAAGUGUGGCUAUAAAUGACCACAGUAUCGAGUAAAGGUGUGUUCUUGCUGCAAACUGGAAACGGCGGUAGGGUAUAUGUGUGACCAGAACAAACAACAAACAACAGUCAGAGUAAGUUAUUAUUUUUUAAUUUUUUAAAUAUGGUAAAAAGAGUUUGUACUGUAUGUUAAGCACAGUAAAGGGUUAUUAUACUGCUGUUACUCUAGUGUGUUUUAGCUGCAUAUAGCCAACAACAAAUUUAUGUUAAGUUUUUUUGUGUUGAAUUGUGUUUAUCUUUUUUGUAUUUUUAUUCUUGACUGUAGGUCAAAUUUGAAUAUAUUCCAUGUCAAAUGUAUUUUAUAUCAUGUUUAUAUCAUGUGUCCAUUAAAGUGGUCAGUUUUUAAUGCUGCUGCAUUGUUGCUGCAAAUCUCAGUUAAGCUGAUAUGUGAUCUGGUCUAAUGGCUGGUAACUGCAAUCAGAACAAAUACGUUCGUAGAACCCAAAUUGAUGUCUUAAAUUGUUUUUUAAAUUGCCAAAGGUAUUGCGUUUACAUUAGCAUAUCUGGACAUUUGAAAAUCUGGAACCACCUAAUCUUUGGUAGUUUGCGGUGAUAUAUGCAUCAAAUAAUUAUUUUCCCAGUUUUUUCAUUGAUAAUUUGUUUUGUAAAUUUUUAAUAGGUCUACGUAUAACUUCUGUCCCUCCCUUGUGUCUCAGCUGAAGCAGAGCCAGUGGAAAUGGAAAACAUGCAGGAGUUGAUCCCCUUUGCCAAAGAGAUGCUGAGUCAGAAACCCAGUUGGGGUCUGCUGAAGGUCUACAUGGUGGGCUCUAUGUUUGCAGUGCUGGGGACAGUCAUUGGGUUGGUUGAAACCGCGUGUCAUCCCUUCUCCUCUAGUGAGCCAAUGGACACAGAGAUGGUCCUCAUGUUGGCCUGGAAGCAGAAAACUGAGACACAGCACAAUGUGGGUGGCAAGGAGGAGGAAGAGCAGGAGGAGGAGAAGGCACUGGCUCAUGAAAACGGGGCCACAACCCAGAGCAUGACCCUUUCCAAGACUUGUAAACCCGGCCAACGAAGCAUGGCCAACCGGCUGCACGCUUCUUAAAGCCAAAGGAUCCAGAACUAAGUGACUUAAGAUAUUUAGGAGGGAACUGCUCCUGCCACACCGAUGAAUUGUGCAACAUGCACACAGUUUGAAGCUUUAUAUGAGAAGUGUCUGAACUGCCUGCAAUUCUGUGCUGUUUAUUAAUGAUGCCUUCUUUUGCUAAUGGAAAUGUUUCUUAGAAUGUCUUUAUGCAUUGGGCACACAUGAAAGACCCCCUCAGAGGCCCCAGUUGGAUCCUGGAAGAGUUGAGACUUUUUGACAGGACCACUUACUUUCAUGAAAGCAUAGAAAUCAUGUUAGUAAUGCAGUAUUCUAUAUAAGUGAAGUGCACAUUAACUUGGUUGCAGCAAUGGUUUUGUGGUUCCCUGGGGAUCCUCCAGUAGGUUCCCCUGGGUCCCCAGCAAAUGCAGGAAUUGUUGAUUGUCACAAUAAAUGAAUUUUACUUGAAAAGUAGUCCUACUAGAAAAAAGAUACAUGCAAGUCAUAGACAGCUGUGUACAGUUGUAAACUACAUUAAGAACUAAAACUGUCAAAUUUCUCCCAUAUUCCUCCCUGGAAUAAUGCCUUUACCAAACAGUGGUCUGCAGGUUAAUAGGAAUCUGGUCAAAGUCACAAGUGAUAAAUAAAACGCCUAUAAAGUGAGCUCCAUAAAACCUCUUUUAUGUUCUGCGGCUACAACACUAAGUUUGGUUUCUAAAAUAAAAAGGAAAACAACAGACACACAAACCUACCUUCUACAGAGAAGUACCUGAAGGCAACAUGGUGUUGGGUCUGCUUUGCUGCAUAAGCUGCUGUGUAGCACCACCUGUUGUCUGGUGGAUGUGUCUGAACUGCCACUCCACCCACAUACUAUGUUCAAAGAGAGGAACAUUUGUUCUAAAUAUUAUGCAAAGUGCAAAUACUGUAAAUAUACAAUCUUUUUUCAUACUAAUAAAGUUCAUUUUAUUUAUUUAGCCUGGUUUUCCUGGAGUUUGACUCCUUUAAAUGUUUGCUGUACAUGUUAAAUAAAUAUCAGUCUUGUGUAAUUUUGUACUUUACUAAGCAUGGAAAAUCUCAUUUUCUCAAAAGAAACUUUUAAAAUAUCAUCUAGUGAAAUGAGAUAUAGUUUCAUUUGUUGAUUUUACAAAAUAACUUUUUAAAAUAACUUUCUAGAAGUGUAUUUUUUUUUCUUGAUAGUACAGGAUUUAUGUUGUGUGUUGUAUCAAGGAUAGUCCCUGAAAGAAGUUUUAAAAAUAUUUCCAAUAUUUAACCCAUAAGGAGAUUUGUUCACUCGUUAUCAAAUAAUUAUUUAACUCCAUAGACAACAAUUAUUGUUAAGAUAGAUCUUUUUCCAUAUGUACUUCAGCAGAUUUGACUGAAAAAAGUGGUCUUUUUACGUGUUAUGUAUGCGUGUGUGUGUGUGUGUGUGUGUG